AUGAUAUCCAGAGGCUUAAGCGAAGGAGGAGAAACAACGAACGCUAGGAAAAGGCACCUCAAACAGUGUUUGGCGAUAUCAGGGAAGACCAUAAGCAAAGCAAAGAAUGCCCACUCUCCUGUAAAACCAAAUAUUGUGUGGGACAGCAACGACUUGGGUGAUGUCAUCCCUGGACAUGAUGAUCCCCUUGUCAUUCAAGCCAUAAUCGCCAAUUUUGACGUAAAUCGAGUCUUCAUUGACCAUGGUAGUUCUGCUGACAUUUUAUUUUUACCUUGUUUCAGGGCGUUGGGGUUCACAGUCAGUGACUUGAGCCCUGUUAUAGGAGAGUUAUCUGGUUUCAAUGUAACUGUUACCAAACCCCUGGGCGUAAUAAGCUUGCGGUUGUUUAUGGGUACACCACCUACUUCAAAGUCUGCUGACAUCCAGUUCCUAGUGCUUGAUACACCCUCUGCUUAUAAUGCCAUCUUGGGAAGGAGAAUGUUCACCGCCUUCGAAGCCAGCAUCUCCCACCCACACCUGGCGAUAAAGUUUGUGGUGAGGGACAACAAAGUUGCAACAAUCUGA